AUGGGUGGUUGCGUCUCGCAAGUGAUGUUCAGUGGGACACAAUCUUGGCCUUCCAGUGAUCAUCCCACAGCUAAGAUCGUCUCCGUCAAUGGUGUCCUCCGAGAAUAUCCCGCCCUUUCAUAUGUCUCCCAGGUCAUCCAGGCCGAGAAUUCCUUCUCCUCUUCUUCUUCGUCGUCGUCGUCCAUUUUCAUCUGCAGUUCUGACAAAUUGGGUUACGACGACUACAUUCCGGCCUUGGAUGCGGAGGACCAACUGCAGGCCGACCAGAUCUACUUCGUGCUUCCCUCGUCUAAGCUUCGGCAGCGCUUGACCGCUUCCGAUAUGGCCUCCUUGGCCGUCAAAGCCGCCGUUGCUCUUCAGAAGUAUGCCUCCAAAAACAGCGGCCUUCGACGGAAGAACAAGGCCCGUAUAUCUCCUGUUACUGUGGCUUAUCAAUCGGUUUCUUUCGAAAGUACCAAGAUCAAUCGGUUUGGGUAUGAGAAAAGUUUCGAGUCGCAGAAGAAUAACAGACGGCCAACUGUUGAUGCCAAGCCGAGCAGUGGAUUAUCUCAAGACGGGUCGUCUGCGAGGAAGUUGCAGAGAUCCCGUUCUAGAAGAACGAAGACGGCGGCUCGCUCCUUUAGACUCAGAUUGAGCACCAUUUACGAAGGAACUGCUGCUCUUUAG